UUUGCGGGGUACUUCGAUACAAAAAUAAUGCUAGAAGCGAAAUGGAUUGUUUGGUUGGCCUUUUUUGGUCCUGAUCAGUUUCUCAAUUGGCAUAUGUCACUGCGACUCAGCCAUCAACCCUGACGUCGUAAACGAAUGUGUGAACGCUGCCCCGUGAUUGAAAUCUAUGUGUAAUAGCCCAUAUUAUUGUGGGCUGCUGUGACUCUAUUGAUUUACAUCGAAUUAAGAUAACUAAUAAAGCUACUGAGAAACACAGCCGCGUAGGAAAGCGGUUUAUCGAGUGAGCGGUUGAGUGAUAUUCGACGAUCCUGAUCCGAAAGACUAUUUUCAUCGCUAUAAAAUUUAAUAUCAAAUAUUCACAAAAGCUAUUUGGCUGUUGUGUAAAUCCUGUUUAUAUAAUUCGCCCAGUUAUACCAUAGAACUCACCCUAAGUUUUUUCGACGGAGAAAAACACGAGGCACUUACAGAUUCCACCCAGCGUCUGCCGUUAACAAAUCAACCUGUGCCGAUAGGUAACGCAUAUGCUGUUCUCCCGUUUUGUCUUAAAGUCAAGUGUAAUAUAAAGAAGAGGCACGCGGUCACUGAAAGUUAACAUGAACGAAUCAGGGCAACGGAAAGCUAUACCGCAACUAGUGAAUGGCUAGGGCACAGUGAAGCCGUGGGUUCUGUGUGAUCAGAUAAACAUUUACCUGAGACAGAAUUUUUGUUCGGCCACCUGACUAAGUCGUGUAUUAAUUUACCACAUUUGUUUCCGCUGACGAUUUUAGCAGAUCAGCAUUUUCACAGUAAAUUUAACGUUUAAAGUUUGAAUUCAGCACGUCUGAAUGUGUAGAUGCGAUUUUCUCUACGCCACCACUUUUGUAAAACGACGAUUCUAAUGUAUCAAAGUGUGGACCGAUGCCGUUUGAUACAUUUUCUAUUUAAAACGUACUCAAUUCUAUUUUGAGAUCAUAAAAGCUUAGUAUAUCUUGGCUUGCUAGCCUACAAAGCGAGACGUAUAGAUAUAAGAUGUUCCUGCCUUCAACGGCAAACACCUAAAGCCUUCGACAUCGUUGCGCUCAGGCUGGCAACGCUGUGGUAACGUCCUAAGGCAUCUAUCGCUACACUCAAAUGAUGGCAGCGAACUAUCGGGGAACCAGGUAGCCCACUACGACAACGUUUACGUAUGUAACAUUACUGACGCCCGAGCCACCAUUGCCAUCCUCAUAGGCUGUCAAGAAUUAUUACAUGCUGAGUCUGCAGGAUAUAAUGACAAUGAUAAUGAUAGGACGUAGUUUCGACCUUAAUCCACAUUAUGCCUGCCGUUUAUCUAUUAUCUAUGUAAUAACGAAUAGAAACAACAGACGUGCAAUUAUUGAGUAAAUAACUUCAGACAGUUUAUAUUGAGUCGUCACAUAUUACCUGUAUGUAGGUCUACUAAUAGAACGUUCAUGCCAAGGCCUCCAAAAGACCCCAUUACCUAUGCGCAUGUACGUAUUUAUCUGCAUUCUAGUUGCACCUGGUAAUAUGUAUGGCGGCUUUGUUUAUUUCCAGCUCGUAAUACACGUAACGUGUAAAAAUCGUUUACGUAUUUUUUUUUCGAAAAGAAACGUAUAUUUUAUUGGGAUACAUUGUUUUUUCCGCUUAUACAAUAUCACUGUCAGCACCGAUAAGAAUAGAGAAGGAGAGACAAUGCCAAAUAAACUCUACAAUAAAAUGGUCAACAAAUAGAAUAGCCGAAAUAUGCCUUCUAUUGUUCAGGAUGAGCUUGGCUUCGCUUGACACUGUAACAAUGUGUCUUUGUUUAGCUUAAAUUUGGUAAAUGCUUUGUAAGGCUUGCAUAUCAUAGGUUAUGUAACCUGUGUGCGUCAUAUCUUAAUAAAAUAAUUUCCAAAUAAAGUACUAAUACAAUGAGAGAGAUCUUGCGAAGGCGAAAACGGAUGACUAGCAAAGCAGAUAAAAAGUCACUGAGUUUCCAUUGAAGUUGAUCGAUCAAUUUUUCCCCAGAAUAGCGCGUGUGUUCUGGACUUUCCAGUUAUUAUCUUCAAUAUUAUAUGAAUGAUUUUAAAAGUCUUAGGUUCUAUUUUAAGAUAUGGUUUUUUUUUUUAAGUUACCAGGCAACACCUACGUUUGGCCAAUUGUUAUUGUCGCCUGCCCCGAUAGUAGAUACCAUAUAUGCUGCACACCAAAUGGCUGAGGUGCAGCGUGUUAGGGCAUCCGUUGCUGGAACUAAUUGAGUCAUUCUACUCGAAAAAGUUGAAUCUUUCGUUUGAGAAUUGUGGCACCACGGUACUUCAACGAUCGUCGUGCUAACGGCAUAUCAGUCAGUCGUUUCGACGUUCUACGUGGAACAGUUAACCGUUCGUUGCAGACACUUUGCUAAUCUAAUGAUGCCCGUGUUUUUUACAAUCGGACUGCUAAGCCGACAUGCAAUAGUGAUGUAUCUGUUUGGCCUAUUUGAAAAGGAAGUAGGCUCAAAUCUCUAUUCGGGCGCGGGCAUUUAUCAGCGUCGAGCGUAGAAACGUCAAUAUGAACGAAGGAUAAAGACAAAGUAACGGCUAAGUGUCGUGGUGUAAUGCGACGACGUCGACGGUGGAUUCCUCUCGUAGCAGCAGCCUCCGGUUCAUGAUCGUGUUAACAGAAAUAGUAAACUCUAUGGCGAUCAUAGGAACAAACUUCGCGAGCUAGAUGACUGGCUAUAACUGGUAACUCAAGGCCGAGCCGAUUCGACUGCGGAUUAUUCAGCUACUUAAUCCAUUGGAAACAUAAUAGUCUGUGCUGGUACACUGAUAUUGAUUCGGACGCUUGAUUGACUGUCGUUCUGUGAUAACGUAACGACUGUGAUAGAGAACGCUUACAUCAAUAACGAGUACUAUCGCCGUACGUAGGUCUGUACGAAAUCGGAUAGUAGUAUCAUUUUGCAGAAAUCCAAAACGAAUGUAACCCUAGAUAUAAGAAAAGGAAAAAAACACCACAGGUUUUCAACGGUAGCCAUGACGUGCAUGCGAAGACAAAAGGUACAUGACGCGUGUAUGAGCGCGAAGUCGUGUAGAGACGCCUAAAUACAAUCUGAGCGUUUGUGAUUGAAGUAUGGUGAACGGCAAGCACAAAUAAAGGGGGGGGGGGAGGAAGAGAACGGACCGAAUUGUCGACGCGAAGCUUCAACAAGGCUUGAAAAUUAAAGGAUGUACGUGAAACGCCGUGUCUGAGACGACUUGAAGCAUUGAGAUCCGUAUGACGAUGCGAAAUAGAAUAACCUGAGACACACCAAUACAAGAUAAACAAAGGUAGAAAAAGGUCUUGUUCAAUGCGAGGAUGGUGAGGCAAUAUGGCCGACAACGUUGAUCUGUCAAAGCAAGCUGUGAGCGUCGGUUUCACCGGCAAAAUCGUAGUGAAUUAAACUGCUGAGAAGCCGACUAGCUCAUAGAGAAAGCAAAGGAGCUAUUAGAUUAAAUGGAUUGAUUCUGGUACCUGACAGAAUCUCAUCUAUUGUUGCCAUUUCAAAGAAUUGACAACAUUUUGUUCCUUUGAUAAUCUGUUAUCGGUUGCAGGAUGUGGGCAUUGCCGCCAACAAAACAGCAGACAACAGUCAAUUGCUAUCAGUAAUAGUAUUACGCCAUUUAGCGAUGCGAUGCGAUGCGUGUACGGUCUACGUCAGACGUCGUAAAUCCCUUGUAGCGGUUUCCUAAUUUAUCUUAGUGACCUCGUUUGCAUAGUCUAUCGCCUGAUUUGCCGAAAACACACUAGAACGGUCAUAUGCUAACAAAGCAGAACUAUUAAAAUAGCUAUUCUGUCAGUAUUCGAACACAUAAAGUGGAAUCCGUUUCUCAAUAUUGUCUAAGCUCUAUUACAAAAAAAAAAAAAGAAAAAGAAAAAAAAAGGUAAAUAAGGCAACGGAAACAAAAAGUCGACACGAAACACGAAAACAGCGUGGGAGACGAAUUUAUUCAAGAAUAGUUUAGGCUACUAUCUUGGACUUGGUAGAUAUCGUGAACCAUUUAUUUAUGGCAGAACCGAAUGGAGAGGUGUCUGUUACACCAAUGCCACUUUAGUAACGACUAUGGUUUGACGUAAUCUAGUCAUGUGGCAACGGAAGGUACAUUUUCCCGUAGAUGGAUCUCAAGAAGUUCUGUCGUUAUCUAACCGUGUCAGACGCUACGAACAUUGAGUUGUGGAAUCAUCGAGAAACUAAGCUUGUUUUGAAGUUAGUGAAAGCGAACUUUUCCGCGACGUCUGCGUAUAGUUCGUGAGAUAUCCGACAAGCUUUAAAGAACUAGAAAUACGAGCGGUUUUCCAGAUGUCAUCGCUCUGAUCCAGAUACGAAAUACAAACGAUACUGGAUCGACGACAGUUUCAAUCUCGUGAUUAUUAUCGCCGCUAGCGAAUCAUAUUAGAUAUCGCUAUUUUGGCUUGACAAAGCUAACUGGCGACAGAACGUAACUGAGACAUCAAUCAAUAAGUUAAUCGACUGCAGCUGCUAGAGCUGGUAGUGUUGCAACGGAGCGGCGCAGGUUGGAGACUGUGCUCCACGUCCUGCCUAGCCAAUACCAUCAUCCAUGGUCACUAUAACAACGGAUAAGGCCGGUAGCAGGAAUAACGACAACAACAUCCGAAACGGAAAUAAUCCCCGCGGCGGCAACAACAACAAUUACACUAAUAACAAUAAGAACAUAAAUAACAUAGGCGCCAGCAACAUCCAUAGUAAUAACACCGUUCGGCGCGUUCAGCCGGAAGCGGAUCAACAGCCGCCGAAGAGACAACAUCAGGGAGCAGGACGGAACGAAAAGGAAUCGAACAGGCGCCGGCAGCAGCAUUUGAGAGAAGGAUCUUUAGAUUCCCUGACCGUUGGCUACAACAAAUCGACUCAUACGGUGAUUACUCCAUCUCGUUCAGGCCAUCAGCAUUAUCGACCUGAGGCCCCUAACGCCAAUCAAGCUGGCAGGCCACUGCCAACCUCAUCCCGGUUGAAUAGAGUCGAUAUUUGGACCCGCGUCUAUGAAUUUGUUGGUAUACGCCAGAAGGUCCGGCCGCCUGAAACACAACGGCGGAUUCGGGCCAAUAAUUCGGAGUUUAAUGCGCAAUUCAAUUACGCGAACAACUACAUUAAAACAUCAAAAUAUACGGUGUUGACGUUCGUCCCAAGAAACCUCUUCGAACAGUUCCAGCGGCUUGCCAACUUUUACUUUCUGUGCCUACUUGUUCUGCAGCUCAUCCCUCAAAUAUCGUCACUGACUCCAGUAACAACGGCUGUACCACUUAUUGUCGUUUUAACCUUAACUGCGGCCAAAGAUGCCCUCGAUGACAUCCAGAGGCAUCGAUCUGACAACUCCGUCAAUAAUCGACUAUCUAAGGUGCUGAGAGGGAGCACCGUCGUAGAAGAACGAUGGCACAAGGUUCAAGUGGGCGACCUGAUCUUUAUGGAGAAUGACCAAUUUGUAGCAGCCGAUCUGCUUUUGCUGUCCUCUUCAGAGCCUAAUGGGCUUUGCUAUAUUGAGACGGCUGAGUUAGACGGCGAAACUAAUCUCAAGUGUCGUCAGGCCUUACCAGACACCGCCGAGAUGGCCAACGACGCACAAAUGCUCGCCAAAUUUAACGGCGAAAUUGUGUGCGAGCUUCCGAACAACAACCUGAAUAAAUUCGAGGGUGCAUUACAUUGGCGAAAUCAGACAUACGCUCUUGAUAAUGACAAGAUUCUUCUCAGGGGUUGUGUGCUUCGGAACACUCAUUGGUGCUACGGCAUGGUGAUCUUCGCAGGUCGCGACACGAAGCUCAUGCAAAACAGCGGGAAGACGAUCUUCAAGCGAACCUCGCUCGACCGUCUCCUCAAUGUCCUCAUCCUUGGCAUAGUGUUUUUUCUAUUCAGCAUAUGCUCAUUCUGUUCAGUAGCCUGCUCCGUAUGGGAAACAGUAACAGGACAAUACUUUCGGGAUUAUCUUCCGUGGGAUUCUAUAAUUGCUACGGACAAUCCAGUGGGAGCCGCAGCGUUGAUAGCGUUGCUGGUCUUCUUCUCCUACAUCAUUGUGCUCAAUACUGUUGUGCCCAUAUCGCUCUAUGUCAGUGUCGAAGUAAUACGCUUCUGGCAUUCUUUAUGGAUCAACUGGGACGAGAAGAUGUACUAUCUGCCAAAAGACCAGGCAGCCCGGGCCCGGACUACCACUUUAAACGAAGAACUGGGCCAAAUCGAGUAUAUCUUCUCUGAUAAAACUGGGACGCUUACGCAAAACAUCAUGACAUUUAACAAGGCCUCUAUUCAAGGCAGACUGUAUGGCGAGAUUAUUGACCCCAGCACCGGGGAGCCCAUGGAAGUCACCGAGGAAAUGGUUCCAGUGGACUUCAGCGCAAAUGUCGAUUACGAGGCUAAAUUUAAAUUUUACGACCAGACUCUCCUUGAUGACGUCAGAAAAGGGGAGCCCCACGUGCAGUCAUAUUUUCGCAUACUGGCAUUGUGCCAUACGGUAAUGUCAGAAGUAAAGGACGGAGUACUCGAAUAUCAGGCCCAAUCGCCUGACGAGGAAGCGCUGACAUCCGCUGCCAGGAAUUUCGGCUUUGUAUUUAAGAACCGUACCCCAAAGAGUAUCACCAUCAGCGUUUGGGGUGCAGAAGAGGUCUACGAACUACUUGCCAUACUUGACUUCAACAACGUUCGAAAACGUAUGUCUGUCAUUGUGAGGAAUCCGGAUGGCCAACUGAAGCUCUAUUGCAAAGGGGCUGAUUCGGUUAUAUUUGAACGACUCUCCGAAACUUGCAAGGACUUGCAAGAUCAGACCAUGGACCAUCUUAAUAAAUUUGCUGGCGAGGGUCUUCGCACCCUUUGCCUCGCUUAUAAGGAUAUCGAUGAGGACUAUUUCGAACAAUGGACUGCCAAGCAUCACGCGGCGAGCGUUACUCUUGAAAACAGGGAAGAAGCUGUGGACGCCGUUUACGAGGAGAUCGAAACUAAUCUUAUACUUAUCGGUGCUACUGCGAUUGAAGACAAACUUCAGGAUGGGGUACCACAAGCUAUUGCCAAUCUAGCUGCGGCCGGAAUUAAACUCUGGGUACUUACUGGCGAUAAGCAAGAGACGGCGAUUAAUAUUGGCUAUUCGUGUCAACUGUUAACAGACGAAAUGGUGGACAUUUUCAUUGUUGACGGAACUGAAAAGGAUGAAGUGUGGAAACAAUUACAGACAUUUCGGGAAAAUAUUACGUCCGUCGUUUCUCAAAGUGCAGCUGGUGGAGAUCUCUCGAUUGUUCGGUUCCACGAUGAUGACGGGCGGGGCGCAGAGCACCGUGGUGACUGGGACUUCUCUGACUCGUUUGGAGGUUUUGCCCUAAUCGUUAAUGGGUAUUCUCUUGUACAUGCACUCGGCGAAGACCUUGAACUACUUUUUCUCGAAGUCGCUUGCAGAUGUAAGGCAGUCGUCUGCUGCCGAGUAACUCCACUACAGAAAGCGUUGGUGGUCGAUCUCGUGAAAAGACACAAAAAUGCUGUAACGCUUGCUAUUGGGGAUGGGGCAAAUGAUGUCUCCAUGAUCAAAAUGGCCCAUAUUGGAGUGGGCAUUUCUGGCCAGGAGGGAAUGCAGGCUGUUUUAGCCUCCGAUUUUUCGAUCGCACAGUUUCGUUUCCUCGAACGCCUUUUACUAGUCCACGGUCGAUGGUCGUAUCUGCGAAUGUGCAGGUUCCUUAGGUAUUUUUUCUACAAGAACUUCGCAUUUACAUUAUGCCACUUCUGGUUCGCGUUUUUCUGCGGGUUUUCUGCUCAGACGCUAUACGAUCCGGUCUUUAUAUCAUUUUACAAUGUCUUUUACACCUCGCUGCCCGUCUUAGCUUUGGGCGUCUUUGACCAGGACGUAAACGACUACCAUUCAAUACGAUAUCCGAAGCUGUACACGCCAGGACACAUGAAUCUUCUCUUCAAUAAGGUGGAAUUUUUGAAAAGUGUAGCGCACGGUGUCGUAACUUCUUUCGUUCUCUUUUUUAUACCAUACGGGGCAUUUAACAACAGCGUCGCACCGAGCGGUGAAAAUCUCGACGGACAUCAACUCUUCGGCACUGUUGUGUCAACCAUUUUGGUGUUAAUCGUAAAUUGUCAGAUAGCGGUAGACACGACGUAUUGGACGUUGUUCAAUCAUGUUUGCAUCUGGGGGUCUGUCGCAUUUUAUUUUGCUAUCACACUACUUAUCAACUCCGACUUUAUAGGUAACGCGUAUAUAGCAUCGCUCCGUGUUACACUGGGCACCGGGCAGUUCUGGUUUGUUGCCUUCUUGACCGUCACCAUUCUGAUGCUGCCUGUUGUUGCAUUCAGAUUCUUUUACGUGGACGUAUUCCCGACGUUGAGCGAUCGAGUGCGUCUCAAACAGCGUCUACAAAGGAUUAAGUCUCGGCCUUCCGAGCCGCACAUGAUUACUACCGCACGUAGCCUGCGCAGAUCACGGCGUUCUAUAAGGUCGGGGUACGCGUUCGCACAUCAGGAAGGAUUUGGCCGAUUAAUUAUGAGCGGCAAAAUCAUGAAGAAGAGCACUACCUCCGCUCAGCACGGAGAUGGUCCAGCAGCUCACUGUAAUCGACGGUGGCUCGGACGACGAGCGCAUGUACUGUGAAUAUACUAACGGAUGAAAUAACAUCUGGACGACCGAAAGUGACGGAUCUAGCAUGAUCUGUUCAUCACGCUCCACCUACGCAGAAAAGCGACAACAGCAGGGGCGUACCGAUAUAACGGAUCUCUCUGCAUCAAAUGGCAUAGUGCAAGAUUCUAGUCAAUCACGCCUUCACGUACAGCUGCUGUGUUCCGUUACUACCAGCCCUAUAAUGAAUGCAUCAUCACAUCACUACACAUCUGCCAAAUCAGACAGCGGAUUAGUUGGCUCCCUCAUUCAGGAGUCUAUUGAAUUGUUAUUGUUGUUUGUAAUAACUACGGCCAUUCUAACAAAGUAUCACUGUUAUUAACUAGUAGUGUUUACUAUGAGAUGUAUCCUUGUUAGUAAAUUGAAGAGGAUGUUUUUACUCGCACUAUCCAACGAAAUCAUUCCUUUCGUUAAGAAUAAACAUAAUGAUGAUUCCAUACUAAUAACACCUCAGCAGUAGCAACAUCAACCACUAGUAAAACAAUCUGGCUAUAUUUUGAUUAUAUAAAUAUGUAAUGAUUUCCUGACGUAGAUACAAUCGACCUAUACACAACUUUCAAUAACCCCCCAAAAAAUGUAAUCUUUUUUUAACAGAUUCACCCAUUUUUGAUCGGAGAACAUUCUUUGUAGUUACGUUUUUAUGUAACACUCAUCAACAUCACGUAGUUAGACUUUGUUGAAUACGGGUGUGAUUAUUAUUAAGGUAUAAUCAUUGAUUUAAUAGUCUCAAGACUAUUUUUCGCCUUAGAGUUUGCCAAACUAUCUGCUCUGAAGGUCCUAAUUUCUAACGAAUGUUUAUGGUAAGGAUACCUGUCGUAUAAUUUCUUUUCCUCAAAAUACUCAUACACAAGUAUAUUUUCUUCUAUUUUGUCUGAUCUGUUAGUUCGCUCCCAGUUCGAUGGGCUUUCCCGCUCUCGUCUUGACUUGGGCGGAAAGCGCCACGAUGUAGUGUUUACGGUAGGCCAGUGUUAUUGUAUAGUGGUCCACAAUCUGUAAACGUCAGCUGAAACUUAAAACAUUACUAAGCAGUUCUCAGUUAGGCGCAACGAGUGAAUAGAAUGGGCUCGAUGAAUAAAUUCUAUUGCCAGUUCUAAUGACGAUAACCGUGCCAACAUCUGUCUCAAACGAUAAAUUGUUGUUGGAGCAAGGGCAGGUUGGAAGCUGAAGAUUAUAUCGUGCGAACAAUGUUUUAUAGGCUUCAGAGAGGCUUUUCUUUUUCUUAUGACUGCAAGUUAACCUCGUUUCACUUGGAAGUAAGACGUCCGCCUACCGUAUCGCCCAUAGUGGCAGUAAAUGAUACAGCUUGCAAUCUGAAGAAAACUUCCGUUAUUUCUAUGAACUUUGUUACAUAACUUAUACGAAGUUAAGCUGGUCACUAAAUGUCACGUUUCAGUAGGAAGCUACUCAAGAGCUGAGUGCUAGUUAUCAAGUCUUUGUCAAGACAGCAUGAUUUCUGCGUGCAGGUCGGCCAGUGGCCAGGCCACAACCAGACAGAGAUUAUAGCAACAAAUUAUUGGAUUGGCGAAAUCCGCUCCUCCAUCCAACGAUGUCACCCAGAGAAUUAUCGUUUUAGAAUAGAACGAAAGAAGCUCCUAAACCGUUCAAUUUUCUACCGAGCAAUAACAUUCAUACUUCCAAUCGGAUCAUCCAAGUUUAUAGCUGAUUACGUUGAAUAUCAUCAUACAAAGUUUAGACAAAGGCUGUCAUAUGUAAGCGAAAAAAGAGCUUGUGAAGCUAAGCUGAUGCUAUUCUUUACAAGGUGAACUCAUUAUGAUUUAAAUAAAUGUAGAAUUUUUUUUUUACAAAUUCUAGACCAGCACUGAAUGUCAUUGUCACACCUGGCUUUUAGUUGAUGACCAUAGAUGGAGGUGGUCGUAGAGCUAGAUGAGAAGCAACGAAUAUUCUUCUUGUUACUUUGCACGAGUAUCCUAGUUAUCACUGUGGCUUGUUUGUGGAACGGAUGAAGAUAUUUAUCAUCACGCAUCUCCUAUUCGUUGCCGUUCAUUCUUGAUGCGUUGCAUUUCAUUCUUACCCCUCACGAGUCAAUUCAAAACGAGAGCCAAUUUUUCGACGUUAUCAGUCUUCUCCAUUACUCAUAUUGCCAACUUGAGCUAUGAAGUUGAAAAUGUAACUAUUUAGCUGGAAGUCAAGUCUGUGAAUAUAUAUAGCUGAAGCGUGAAAUAACGAGAGAUAAUGAUGCUUUUCGAACGCAUACCGUGAAUUUACCGAAAUGGAAUGGGCAUAUACAAUUGAAACAUUUCUGGAUAAAUCGACCAAAUCUGUAUCUCAUAGAAAAUUUAUCACGUAACCAAUAAACUGAGUUGAGACGCAUUGCUAUAUUCAAUGAAGUAAAUAGCCAGAUCAUAAUCUUAGUGAUCAGCUGAAGAAAAAAAAUAGAAUUAUCGCUCCGAAAGAGAUUUACGUAUCGGAAGAGCCCGGUAACGCCGGGUGCUACUCGGUCAGGUGAGUGACAAGUUGUCACUCUAUCGAGUAUUGUUUUAUGUCUUGCAACAGUUGACGUUACACGAAGGUCGUGGAUGCCUGGGUCGACAUCGCUAUCUGUGCAUCGAGCACAAACGACGCGAAGCGUCCGCCACAUUUCCGUUAUAGCGCAAGCAGUGCGCCAAGAAACGUUUUGGAACCUAAACACUUUACUGGAAAAAAAACACGGCCACGUAAGCGAGUCUGGCAGCAUCAUGAAGAUCGGAAGCAUGUAGAAGAGGUAGAGAUAAAGAAGAGGAUCGAAAAAACAGGAAAUAAUUGGCGGUUAACCUGGAGAAAAUACUAUGUUACGGGGUAGCCGACAUAUUUAUGACUCAAACAUUUGCAUGACGUUCGAGUCUAGUCUUUUCCCAUUUCGACAUUAGUAGCAUGUUGCAACAAUGAAUGCAUUUAAUCCUAUGUCACAUUGAAUUUCUAUGACGACGACCAGCGUGUAACCGUAUCGAAUGGUGCACAAUUGAAUACUAUUUCAACACGUGUUCAAAAUUACCUGACGACCUAUCGAGAGAGACCUAUAGAAUUCUAGUCGUCAUAUCCAUAGAUGUAGUAUGUAGGCUUAUCAUUUAGUACUAUUGCCGCAUUGUAUGACGAAUACUAUCGAUUUAGCCUGUUGGUUGUUGCUAAGAUCGCGUUCAGAGUGUUAAACCCCACAAAAUCCAUAGGCACACACACACACACACAAAUUAGUCACACAAACUACCACAAUCAACGACGAUGGAUGCAAUCACAGUGAUGAUGACGAUGACGGCGAUGACGACGACGACGACGACGACGACGACUGAUUGUGACGAACUGCUCUGAUUAUGUGCCUAUGUAUGAUAUACUAAUAGUAGCAAUAUCCUUAUACUAUAUAAUGUAUGUACGACUAAAUAUUGUUGUAGAGUCUAGCAGUAGACAUUUUAUAUGGAGGUUAGCAACAUUCCAAUUGCAUUUUAUCCAUGUUCGUUGUGGUGGUCGUUUUAUUGUUCAUUCACAAUAGCAAUAACUGAUAACAGCUAAUUCAAUAAUAACUAAUGUUAGCAUGACACGUCAGUCAUAUACGAACCAUGACGGCUGCAUGGACUUUCCCGUACACUACAUCUCGUACAUCCAUUAACCAAUACUGAUACGCUAGCAAUGAUGAAACGCUGCGUCGGUAAGCCGACUUCGAUCCGCCAUUCGAUGGGUCUUCAUUAGUAGCCACUGUGAUAUACGAACAGAUUGUUGAAAUGCAUAGGCCAUACGCUGAACAAGAUUGCUACACUGACUGAAACGUUGCAUGAGAAGUUGUCGUUACCGGAUUUAAGUAGUCGACACCUAGGCGGACCUAUCAGAUUCGGUAAAUUUCCCGAGGGAUGAACGAUUGAGCUUACCACAAACGACACCCGCAAACAUGCAAAGCAUAGAAUUCUGUGAUCUACUUGUGUAGGACAGGUCCAAGUUAGUGUAUUGUAGAGGCCCAUUUUACACAAGCAAGUAAAUUCGCGUGUAUUUUUUGAGUUUUUAUUUGAAAUCACUAUCGUUACUUAUAAAAAUUCCGAACAUGCAGAGGUUCCGUCUGCAACGCCGUCAACUGUGCCCUGUAAUUCUAAGACCUGUUUAUUUAAAUUCGUAGGUUUAUAAAGGGUAUUUACGGUAGCUUAAACAUUUCCAAGAUAUUCCGUUUGAUCAUUAGAUAGUAUUGGAUCGUCAGAUACGCCUCAGACUUGGACAUUGGAAACAAUCUGGACUUCAAUAGACUAGCGCACAGCCUAAAGAGUGCAUGGACGUGCAAAAUUUGAGACGAAUGGCUGUCGAAUCGAUCUGUAUUUGUAUAUGGAUGAAAAGGAUGUACCUACUAGACAUUGGGUCUACUUAUAAGAUUAUCCUAUUGUAUAAUUAUACCUAAGUAAGCGAUAUUAUACCUAAUAUUUGACAAUAAUUAAUGCAAUCUAUUUAACAAUGCGCACCAAUCAAUACCAUGCGCCGACAUCAUCACUGCGAGUGUCAGGGUCGAGAAAUAGCUCCAUUCAAUGUCGAUAUAUGUACGAACAUUGCUUGCUGAAAUGAAUCGCAAAUAUAAGUGCUGGCAUUUAUAUAAAUGAACUUAUCAUGUUAAAGAGUUAUAUAUAUAUAUAUAUAUAUAUAUAUAUAUAUAUAUAUAUAUAUAUAUAACUCUUAUAUAUAUAUCUUUUUUUAAGUUCCUUAAGUAGGUGUUCAUUUCGUAAUUUAUGAGUGUAUUUCUGCACCCUUUGGCCGAUGCUGCCAAAUAUCUUCAUUUUCAGUCGACGAUGUACUGAAUGGUCACACACAACGCAGCUACGUAACUUUAAUAUUGCAUAAUAUUAUUGUCUAUAAGUAAACAGGUUAGCCAGUCCGUGCUAGGUAUGGGUUCGAUGUCCGGUAAGGCAUUCAAUUGUGAGUUAGAUGAUGUUACGAGGGUUGUAGCAAGCACCGUUAAUAUUGCCAUUGUCUCGAUAACAAUGAAAUACCUAAUUGAUGUAUGUCCGGUUGACGUAGAAUAAGUUAGAAUAGAAUGCGAAAUGGAAUAACAUCGAAAAACUCCAUAUUGAAAAUAUACACAGACAGACAGACAGACAGACAGACAGACAGACAGGUGAUUUCAUAAGUCUAAUGGCAAAGAUGUAAUGAAACAAGUAAAGAACCGAAUGGAUAAAGAGGAACAUUGGACGUUACUAUUUACAACUGUUAAUCUCUUUAUAGCUUUGUUAUUUGCUAAGGUGACUAUCAUAGUUACAUAUUUGUACCCUGCCUUCGAAGCACCUCGACUAGCAAUUCUAUAGCAAGCCGUUACUAUAUAUAUAUAAACAAAAAAAAAAAACACAAUGACCGUUGAUCGGUCUUGUCAGCUAAACCAAACCCUUAUAACAUACAUACGUGCAUAUGUAAUGUCAGGCGACGCAACCUAAAAUAAUCAUGGUAAGGGAAUAAAGUAGACAUUUCUGUGCGGAACGAAACAUAUAUACAUACAAAUACGUGUUUUAUUACAGCCGUGUUUUUUGUGACUUCUGUUAGAUUUCCUCAACACCGUACGAUAUGCGGCACUCCAGCUGGAGUUUUUUUUCGUUAUGUUACUUUCCGCUAAAGGCGGAACUUCAUCGAACAUAUAUAUAUAUAUAUAUAUAAGGAAUGAGGCAUCUAGACUGGGUCGAACUUUGUGAGGCUGUUUGUUGUAGCGGGUGACUGAGAGCAGCGGGGAUCAACCAUCUAUUUCACUGCCAAUCUACAUAUAAAGCUCACAUUUGAUUUUCACGUUAACGACAAGCCGACGCGAUCACAAGAUGCGCUGCCUAAAACUGUGAUUUUUUAAAAACGAAUCGUACCAGCGGGUUUUAUGAAAAUGAUGAUCUACCGAAGCCUGUCUAUAACACGGAGUGCGAUUGAUCGAGCACGAAUCGCACGAAAUGUAGCUAAUAUUUAGUUACAUCAAUAGUCUUCCAUGAAUAAUUUUUCAAUAGGGAAGAAUAAUAGGUCUUAGACUGCCCGAGGCUGAGAAGCAGUGGCGUCGGAAUAGAUAGAAUGGUCGCAAGAUCAACACUUAAGUCAAGAGGGAGCAAAAGAUUGUUAUAUUGCCGCUGCUAGACUGUACAAUGAACGAAUGAUGAAAUUGCAAUUCUUCGUCAUAAGUAUUCUGCAACAAAUUAUACACUGUAAACUGCCAUAGGCAAGAGCUAAAUGGAACGAAAUUUGCUAUAGAUUAUUCAGCUCAGUAAAAAUCAAUUGAAGACAAAUAAAGAUCUUAUUUGUCUAUCAUAAUUGUAUAGCGGCGCGUACUAUACUAUCGGUAUCAACUGGAACUAUGUAUUCGUUUUGUGUUUUUCCUGUGAUGUCGUUUGUCCUAGUCUUUAUCAGGGCCUUGAAACUCGUCAGAGCUUGAGUUCGACUGCUUGCAUUUGGUGUCAACCUCUUCUCGCCUAAGUGCUUCGCCGUACACAUCGUUUCUAUGUAUAUGCGAGGUACAAAUGACCAAUAUUAUUAAACUGUCCCCUUUAAACAAUACCGCCCAGAGCCCAAAACGUCAAUGCAAGUACAAAAAGUGUGGACCGAUCGGAGACUCGAAUUAUUAUUUCUAAGUUCUGCCAAUUUCCAUCAUGUUCGUCAUCAAGCUCGACCCGAAUAAUGCAGCAUAACAUAUCAGGUCUAUGUAAGCCUUUUCCGACAUGGGGGCAAUCGCGCAACCCUCGGCGCUAAUGUAACUGUUGGAACAACUGUUUUGAAUAAACACAGUGUUCUAAGGGAAUUUG